AGGCAAGCGAUUUGCCCGCUUCUUAUUCCCAGGCGAUUUGGAAUGCAUGCGCGAGUGUGCCAUUCCUUUGGGGAUAAGGGCUGGCAGAAGCGGUGGCUAUGUCGGCGGCUCAGGCUCAGUUUGGCAGGAAAAGCGGAGGCACAGGCAGCAAACUCGACGCCCCACCUCGGCACCGGCGCACGUGCAUUCGCCUCCCUGCCCCUGAAGCACUGGACACGGACGCAGUAGUUGCCCCUGCACACCUGAUCGCCGCACCGGCCCCAGUUCCGGGGCUAAUAUACAUUUUGUUAAUGAGGGAGUAGCGCUCGAACCGUGAUCGGAAGGAAAAAAUGUCACGAAGAAAACAGGCCAAACCUCGAUCCUUAAAAAGAGAUGAGGAAGAAGACGACACCGAGCAGGACGUGGUGGUGCACACAGAGGCCGACGACGACUUUCGGCAGGCGAACCCUCCACGCACACCCGGCAGUAUUCAAGGAGACAGCCGAGGCUCUCCCCUACCUCCUGCCAUACAAAAUUCUCCCCUGCAGCAUGAGUGGCAGGCAGCAUCAGCCGAGAGAGGGACAGAAGAAGACCCUGGCGAAGAUCCGGCUUCACCUCUGAUACUGCCAAAUGAAGACGCAGAAGAGUUCUACCGGCGGCGCGUAGGCGUCACGUCAGGUGGCGCCGCUCUUGACGACCUGGACCACAACAGUCUCGACUCGGAGGCGCUUGGUUCUGAGCCAGGCAGCACGAGCAGCUGGAGAUCGGACAGCAGCAGCAGCAGCACACUCGAAGAGGCGCCCGUCGAGGGCCCAAGCGCCGUGGCGGCCACCAAGGCGGCCGUGCCUGCUGGUCGCGCGUCCAGCGCCUCGUCCAGCUGCAGUUCGUCGGCCAGCAGUCAGCCGCCGGACGGCGAACUCGGCUUCACCCUGGGGGUCACCGAGACCACGCCGUAUCCUUGCCAGUUCUGUGCCAAGGCCUUCCCAAGGCUCAGCUACCUCAAGAAGCACGAGCAGAGCCAUGCGGAGCACAUGCCGUUCAGGUGCGAAUUCUGCUCUCGCCUCUUCAAGCACAAGAGGAGCAGGGACCGCCACGUCAAGCUGCACACCGGCGACCGCAAGUACAGGUGCAACCAGUGCGAGGCGGCUUUCUCUAGAAGUGACCACCUGAAAAUCCACAUGAAAACGCACGACACGCAGAAGCCGUUCCAGUGUUCGGCGUGCAACCGCGGCUACAACACGGCGGCCGCGCUGACCUCGCACUCGCAGACGCACAAGCGGCCACCGUCGCUGCCGGCCUCGCUGCCGCCGCGCAACAGCCCCCGCCACAGCCCGCCGUCGGCGCCGCCGAGAAGGGUCACGCCGGCCCCCAGUCCAGUUGCACCCGCCUUCCCGCGCAAUCUCACGCCAAACCCGCACACCCACGAGUUGCUCAGGGCGGCGCACCCUGCCGCCGCGGCCGCCGCCGCCGUCCUCUUCAACAGAGAACUGCAACAGGUGUUGCAGCACGAGGCCAGCUCGCCGCCGGGCAGCGCCAGGAGCGCCUUCAACGCGGCGGCCAUGGCCGCCGCCGCGCUGGCCCACUCGGCCGGCCUGCAGUUCGCGACGCCCACCCUGGCCUGCAUCUACUGCACCAAGGACGGCUUCACCAGCAUGGAACAGCUGCAGCUCCACGUGCAGGCGAUGCAUGGUUCAAUUCUGAACGGGGAGCGCGAGUAUCAGCCGCCGUCGCCGGGGCACCACCAGGGCAGCGCCCGGCAGCCACCCGUGAGCCCGAGCCAGCCGUACAACUGCGACUUCUGCACGAUGAAGUUCGACCACGUGCAGAGUCUGCACAAGCACACGAUGGCGGUGCACGCCAUGUCGCCGACGACGCCGUUCGGCGCCACGGCCGACAGCGCCGAGCAGCUCAAGCCGACGGACCUGAGCAUCAACGGCAAGAGCAACGGCAAGACGCCGCCGCUGUCGGCGCCGCCGCCGCCGCGGAACGACACGCUGGCGCAGAGCACGUUCCUGUGCAGCCAGUGCAACGCGCCGUGUCCGGACUUUGAGUCGUUCCGCUCGCACCUGCGUUCGCAUUUGGACGCCGAACACGGCAAGGGUAGUCCUCCACGGGUGGCGGCCAAGACCGUGGCGCCGCCGCCGCCGCCGGCGCCGCAGCUGCAGUGCCCCGAGUGCCCGGAGAGCUUCACGAACGAGAACUCGCUGGAGGUGCACUGCCUGGGCCACUUCCUGGCCACCAGCACCGAGUUCUCCUGCCAGAGCUGCCUGAAGGCGUUUCCGCGGCCCGACGAGCUGCAGAAGCACCUGAUGGACGCGCACGCGCACCAAUUACUGCGGUGCGCGCUGUGCCGCGAGCUGUUCGACACGCGGGUGGCCGCGCAGGUGCACUUCGCCGUCAAGCACAGCAGCGAGAGCCGCGUUCUGCGGUGCGUCGCGUGCGGCGACGCCUCCGCCAAGUUCCGCUCCGAGAUCGAGUUCGGGCUGCACGUCAAGAUCCACCACCUUGCCAUGAUGGAGAAGCUGAGGUGCCUCUACUGCUCGGAGCUGUUCAAGUCGGACGCCGAGCUGCAGUACCACGUGGCCAGCUACCACCAGAAGAUGUACCGGUGCAAGUUCUGCGACGAGGCCUUCCACGUCGAGUUCCAGCUGGACAAGCAUCUCGAGCACAAGCACAAGGACAAGUCGCCGGCGGCGGCGCCGCAGGGCAAGCCGCAGAUCAAGUCGCCGGGCGCGGUCAGCCUGGUCUGCGCCUACUGCCAGGAGAGCUGCAAGUCGCGCGCCGACCUCGAGGCGCACAUGAAGACGCACCACCAGCGGUCCAACGGCGCCGCCGCGCCGUCCAACGGCGUGGCCCUCGGCAGGCACAAGUGCAACAUCUGCGACAUGGUGUGCGUGAGUCCGGCGCUGCUGGCCGAGCACAAGCUGGCCACGCACUGCAAGGUGCUGCACGGCGACACGUGCAGCGUCUGCAAGGCCAGUCUCGGCACCGAGGAGCACUUCAUGAGCCACAUGCACAAGCACUGUCCGGGCUCGGCCGGCACCGCGGACAUCGGCCUGCCGACCGCGUGCGUCAUCUGCCGGCAGACGGUGACCUCGGAGCACGAGGUGCAGCUGCACGCGCGCUUCCACCUGCAGCAGAAGCAGAAUCACGCCCUCCAGCCGGGCAAGGGGGUCUCGUGUGGCGAGUGCGCCGGACGCUUCGACUCGGGCGCCGACCUGGAGGCGCACGCGGCCAAGCUGCACUCGCGCAAGUUCGAGUGCAUCUCGUGCCAGCUGAGUUUUCACACCGAGUCGGAGGUGCGCGCGCACGUCGAGGCCGCGCACGCACCGGACAACGGCCAGCGGUGCCGGCUGUGCCAGGAGGUGUUCGACACGCCGCUCAAGCUGCAGGUGCACCUGAUCGAGCACACGUUCGUCGGCUGUCCGACGUUCGCGUGCUACCUGUGCGGCGCCGUGUUCACGGCCGCCGCCGGCCUGCAGCGCCACAUGGGCAGCCACGGCGCCGGCAGCAAGCCCUACGACUGCACCAAGUGCCACCUGCGCUUCUUCUUCCGCGCCGAGCUGGAGAACCACGCGUUCGUGCACGUCGGCGAGAAGCAGCUCAAGGAGGAGCUACACGUCGACGCCGACGCCGCCGACGACAACGCCGCGGCCGACGAGCAGAGCGAGGCCCUCUCGCUGGCCAUGCGCAAACGCAAGACGGCCGAGAUCAACGGCAACGACAUCAGCAGCGCCGCCACGCUCGAACCCGCCGAGCUCGAGCUCAAGAAGCUCAAGCUGGAGGUGCCCGACGAGCAGACGCAGCAGGCCGUCGCCUAACUUUCGCUCAAAAACAUUUUCUCUGUAAUUCCCCUCAUCCCCCUCCCUCCCCCGUGUUGUUUCACGCCGUUUAGACAUAUACACAGGCAGUCCAUUUUAGACAAUUUUAUAAAUAGAUUUUAAUGUCGCAUUUUUAGGGCAAUAAAAGCACGUGACUCUGAAAUGACAUAAAUAGAGACUAAGAAAAGUACAUAGUUGCAUGUUAUUUAUUAUUUACUCACGUAAGGUGUGUGCUGCAAUUUUUUAAACGCGCGAACCUUUUAUCAUUUCGGGGACCAAGUUCUGUACAUUCAAACGAAAUCUUCUCUUCUUUACAUUCUCAGCAUAACAAAAACGAAAAAUGUAAAAUACAUAAUGUUUCUAAGCAAUAACGAAGAUGCUGUUAUCCUUUUGUAAAUACAGCUACUAUAUUUAACUCGUUACUUUAAUUUAUUAAUAAGUGUGCAGCGCCGGAUGAAAGUUUCCCCCACCAAAGGUUGUUGGACAACGCGCCUCUCCUUGCGCUCCAUCCGAGCGAGGAGGUGGAUAUUCCUAGAUUAAUUGUAAGACAACUUAACAUUAAUUAGACUCAAACUCACGUCUUACACCUCGUCGCUUACAAUGGAGCGCAAGGAGAGGUGGUAUCUAACAAACUUCAGUGGGGGAAACUUUUAUCCGCCGCUGCAAGUGAUAGGUGGUGAAAAUUUUUUAUCCGAAUAGUGAGUGUUGAUUAUUAUACAUAUUAUCAUUGUAGCGUUGUGCUUUUGCAUAGACCGCUAUGAAAUCAAAAUCGAUCAGUUUGUCUGUGAAUCAAGUGUUUUUUUUUUGUUUAAAAAAAAAGAGUUGAUAAUUGGUUGUGUUUAAUUGUUACAUUUGGGAACGUGGUAUUUUCUUUAUUACAAUUUGGGGCGCGAUCCACAGAAUCUCUGCAUAAUUUCAAAGUAUUUAACAUGUUAAACUCCAUUUAUGAAAUAAAUCCCUCAAUAAAAGUGAGAAA